AUGGUUCCUCAAAUAUGGCUUCCGUCGGAGCGUUCUCAAGGAAGUAAAAGCAAGGCCCUCAUUUAUUACCUUUGUGGUAACCCAGGUCUUAUCGAGUACUACACCGACUUCCUCAGCAAUCUACGUGGCUUGUUGGACAAAAUUGAGACCAACACCGCGUACGACAUAUAUGGCACCAACUUGUUGGGAUUCAGCGAUGACGACCAUACGCCAUUCAGUUCGAGUAACAAACCCUGGGAUCUUGACGGGCAGGUCGAGGGUAUGUACGACAAGAUCGCGGCAAAGGGAGAGGCAUAUGACUUUGUGAUACUUAUGGGCCACUCUGUCGGGACAUACAUCGCGGUCGAGAUUUUCCAUCGACAUAUGAAAGAUCCCCAAAGAGCGCCACAUCUCAAGCUACGCCAUGGAUUUUUGCUAUUUCCAACACUGACGCACCUGGCUCGCUCCUCCAAUGGCGUGCAAUUCGUAUUGCUGGGUCGCAUCAUCCCGUUUCUUGACAGUGUAGCAUCGCUACUCGCGCGUCUACUGUUCGGGUUACUAAGCGUCGCAACCGUGACGUGGAUUGUGCAACGCCUGCUGGGCUUCACACCUGCAAGCGCGGACGUCACGGCGCGAUGGCUGAAGAGCAGAGAUGGUGUGUUGCAAUCUGUGCAUCUGGGGCUGGACGAGCUGGAGGUGAUCAGCGAGGAGAAAUGGAGUGAAGAGCUUUGGGCUACAUCCGGACAAGAGAACGGAGUGCCGCGGUUCUUCUUGUUCUAUGCGAAGAAGGAUCAUUGGGUUAACGACAAUGAGAAGAAAGACAUUAUGGAGCGAAGGGGACAGGUGGCCAGAAUUCUGGUUGAUGAUGGUGAUAUUCCACAUGCAUUUUGCACGAGAGAAGAUGCGAGUCUGGAGGUUGCGAGAAGGGUAUGCGAAUGGGUUGAGGAGAUCGAAGGACACAGAAGCGAAUGA